AUGUCCAACACCACCGUCUACGUCAAGAACAUCGCUUCCGCGACCGAAGACAAGGAGAUCAAGGAUUUCUUCAGCUUCUGCGGCAAGAUCACCAACAUCGAGGUCACUCCCUCAGGCGAGACCAAGGAUGCUGCCGUCACCUUUGAGAAGGAGACCGCCGCCAAGACGGCUCUCCUCCUGAACAACACUCAGCUCGGCACUUCUCACAUCACCGUCACCAGCGCCGGUGGCGACCCCUCCGAUGAUGCUCCCCACCACAAGGACAACGCUAGCCGCGACUCGGAUGACAUUACCCAGGAGGAGAAGCCACGCUCUCGUAUCCUGGCCGAAUACCUCGCUCAGGGCUACGUCGUCGGUGAUGCUGCUCUUCAGCGCGCUAUCGAGCUCGACAGCCAGCACGGCGUCUCCAGCCGCUUCUUCAGCACCCUCCAGAACCUCGACCAGAAGUACCACGCAACCGACCGUGCCAAGGCCACCGACCAGUCCUACGGCAUCACCGCCAAGGCUCAGGGCAUCUUUGGCGGCCUGAGCUCCUACUUUGAGAAAGCCACUAGCUCUCCCACAGGCAAGAAGAUUGUGGGUUUCUACGAGACUGGCUCAAGACAGGUGCAGGACAUCCACGCCGAGGCACGCCGCCUCGCGGACCUGAAGAAGGAGGAGCAUGGCGGCAGUGCCCUUAAGGCUUCGGGCCUCGAGAGAUUCCUCGGCAAGGAGAAGGAGAAGUCUGUUCCUCCUGCCACUGGCGAGACCAUUGGUACCCAGUCUCCCACCAACCCCGACCCCACGACCGCUGUCCCUCUGUCCAAGCCCUCGGCUGCGACCGAUGAGAAGUCGUCGUAA